AUGUCCUCAUCUGCGUCGUCCUUAACACUGGUUUUAGAACCUACAAAUGACACCUUUGGCACAAAGAGAAUAAAACUUACCAAUACACCACUCAAAAUAGGGCGUACGACUAAUAGGCAUUCCGCUCCUUUAGAAUCUAAUGGUUUUUUUGAUAGCAAG